AUGAUUUUAGAUUCACCUCCUAUUCGAUUAAUCAAAGUUUUAUGUCGACAAUUUGAUGAAAUUAUUCAACAUACAUUUUGUGAUAAGGAACCAUCUACACCAUAUCCAACGUUAGUUUGUAUCGAGGACCGCAUUCAUGUGUAUGUCGACUUUAAUCCAGUUAUUUCAACGACGUCACCUGAUGAUGCUUUAGCACUUCUUGUCGCAAUGUACACAAUUUUCGAAUUAUCAUUUGAUAAGAAAAGUCGAACAAUUCGAUUUCUUUAUUCAGUAUUGCAUGGUGACACACAAUUUUUAUCUAAUUUCAUUCGUAUCUUAAUUAAAGAAAAGAAUAUUGAUAUUCAUCGUAAACAAUGUCAAAUAUUAUCGACUUCUUCCAAUGCUGUAUCUAAUAGUUCAACAACACUUAUCGUCGAAUCUCAAGCUCAAUCUCAAAUUGAAAUAAAUCCAUUAGGUAAUUUUGCAGUCGAAUAUGAUCCUUCUAUCGUCAAUCGAUCAAUAGAACCAAAACCUUUAAAUAAUAAUUUGAAUUCAAAUUCUGAGAAUUCUAUUGAUAUAAAUGAAUGCAACAAUAACAUCGAAAACACAUCGUCGUCCAAUUUCAAUCCACAACAACAAACACAACGAAAACAAAAUUCAAAUCUGGACGACCAGAAUCAAACAUUUACAAAUCAUGCUUCACAAAAAAAUCAUCAACUUUCAACCCCAGAUGAUCUUCCACUCAGCAAUAUUACCAAUUCAACUUCUACGUCCCGACGCAUCAAACGGAAACGAUGA